GAAUUAUGGAAUGAAAUUUAACAUAACCACAAUUACCAAAUAACUAAAUAUAUAAAAUUUAUAUAUCUAUUUAUAUUAUAAAUAGAUCUAAAAGAUCACAGAGGAAGAGAAACACUGUUAUAAACUAAUUAUGUCGUUAUUCAGAAAACCUAAGAAAACAAUUCAAAGAAGGGUUUUUACUGAAAAUGAUGAUGAUGAUAACGAUACAGAACCAAUGGAAAUUGGUAAUGCCGUUCCUAUUGACAAAAAAGGGAAAAAGAAAGACAAAUCCAACAAAACUCCAAAAACGCUUCUAAGUUUUGAUGCUGAAGAAGAAGGCGAAGUAUUUCAAGUUAAAAAAUCUUUGCACAGUAAGAAAGUAUUGCGUAUGUUCGAGAAAGAAAAGAAAAAGAAGGAAGUUAAAGUUGAAAAAGAGGACUCUAAGAGCAAGGAAAAAACUGAAAUAAUUACUGAUGAUUUUGUUUUAGUCGUAAAUUCUAGUCACAAAAAACCUCCCACACCACCUCCACUCAUUCUUAGUGGCAGAGAUGCUUUAUGUGCAGGAAAAGAUGACUUGUCAUCUGAAGAGGAUGAAGAACCUCAUAGAUUCAACAAGCCAGAUAAUUUCAAGAGAAUAUUAGAAUCGGGAGCUAUUCCAGAUGCAGCUAUGAUUCAUGCAGCUCGAAAACGUCGUCAGAGAGCAAGGGAACUAGGAGAUUUCAUCCCCACAGAAGAGGAAGAACCUGAAGAUAAAGGAAGAUUGUUACGAGAGGAUGAUCAUGAAGGCAGUGAUGAAGAAAGGAUUGAUAUGGACAUAAACUUAACUUUAAAAGAUCAAGAGCGCAGAAGAGAGCAGUUUUUAUCUGCUCAAGAUUCAGACCGUGAAAUGGAUGAAUGGGAAGAUCAGCAAAUCAGGAAAGGAGUAACUGGAGCUGCAAUGGAAGCAGCAAGAGAAUUGUUAUAUCCUGUAGAAUGCCCUCCACCACCAAAUAUUAGCACACAGUUACCCAUUAUGAAACCCGGUAUUCCGAGAACUCCGCAAAUGAUUGCCGAAAAAUUGAGAGAACAUUAUGAGCAGGUUAAUCAAUCGAAACAAAAUCAUGAAUUACAAUUACAAAAGACGAGGAAAGAUAUAGAAGAAGUUGUGAAGGAAUUAGAGGAUUUGAAGAUGAAAGCACCGAAUGCUGCUGAUCGAUUCAGGUUUUAUCAAGAAUUGAGAGGGUACAUAACUGAUUUGGUAGAAUGUCUGGAUGAAAAAAUAAGCAUAAUCACUAAUUUAGAGCAACGGGCUUUAGAUAUUAUGGCUCGCAAAUCGGAAUGGUUAAUAGAAAGGAGACGACAAGACGUUAGAGAUCAAGCGGAAGAAGUUGCAAACAAGGGAAGCACCUUUAAAAAAGAUUAUGAUAGUGAAGAGAAACAAAGAAGAGCAGCAGAGAGGGAAGGAAGGAGGACGAGAAGAAGGAGAAUCAGAGAAGCAGCUGAAGUUCCAAAACAUGUUGAAGGAAUGUCUAGUGACGAAGAAAUUUCUCAACAAGAUAUUCUGUUGUUUGAUAAAGAGCGAGAACAAAUUCAAACAGAAUUACAAGAAGUGUUUGAAGAUGUAAUUGAGGAAUAUUCAUCGACUGCUAGCAUUCUUAUUCGAUUCGAACAGUGGAGAUCCAAUGAUUUAACUGCUUAUACUGAAGCUUACGCAACAUUCUGUCUUCCAAAAGUCGUCAGUCCUUUAAUAAGAUUAAAUCUCAUUUUUUGGAAUCCACUUAAUGAAACUAUAGAGUUGGAAAAACUCGAUUGGUAUCGUACAUUGGCGUUAUAUGGUUUACAUGAUGACGAGACUGAAGAGAGUUUAGCUAAAGAUCCAGAUAUAUCUCUUUUACCAACUAUAAUCGAGAAGAUCAUAAUUCCAAAAUUGACGCAACUUGUAGAUAAGUGUUGGGAUCCUUUAUCUAGUUCUCAGACAUUAAGGCUGGUUGGAGUUAUAAGUCGAUAUAUACGAAGGUUUCCUACACUUAGUCCAGCUAGCAAAUCAUUAAACAAUUUAUUCAGUGCCGUUCUCCAUAAAAUAAAAACGGCAUUAGAACACGACGUUUUUAUUCCAAUAACGCCGAAAUUAGCCGAUAACAAGUCGCCGUUUUUUCAACGACAAUUCGCCAGCGGAUUAAAAUUACUGAAAAACAUUACCAGCUGGCAAGGCAUUCUCAAUGAUAAUACACUUAAAGAACUAGCUUUAACGUCGCUUCUCGAUCGAUAUUUGUUGAGCAGUUUGAAAUUUUGUACCUUGGUGGACGCCGUACAGAAAGUGAGGUUAAUAAGUUUGAUUUUGCCAAGGAUUUGGUUGCAAGGCGGUACGCCCGAAUUCAAAAAUUUUCUGAAUUCUGUGAUGAAUUUACAUCAACAACUAGAUAAAAAUAAUCCUCUCCAUUUGGAGCCAAUCGAUGUUACUAAUAGUAUUUUAAAAACUUUAAGAUCGCGUACUUGAUUUUGUAAGGAUUUUAAUUCUCAUUUUGAUAUUUUAUUUUUACAUGUUUCAGUGAAUUACGGAGGAAAAACAUAAAAAUAAAUAUUAACGUAA